CCAGCUACCACCGUCUCUAGGCCCUCCGCCCGAUUUCCAAUCCCGCCAACGCCAGCAUUUCUUGCGUCUCCGCGCGAUUGCAGUCACGCAUAAACCCAAUCAUGCUUUCUCCGGAAGGCCCGCCCCCUCGUCGAGAGCCCAAGCAAAGCAGCUGCCACUCACCCUCUCCCAGCGAGCGUCGAGCGGAGCCAGGACCGUAGGACGCCCUUCCCCCAACCUCUCGCAUAAAGGCGCAAACGCGCUCCUCUCUCUGGUGGAGCGGCAGCGUCAAUCGGAAAUCGGCUACUUGGGCCUGUCUCCUCCCAGCAGCGCGCGCUUUGAGUGCCGAGGCUUAGCCCGGGUUCCCGCGCGCGGGUGGCAGUGAAACUGUACGGAGUGUCUUCCGCUAUUUGGGAUCCCACUCGCAGCCUUCCACGAUAACGUUCACUUCCUUCUUUGUACCCACUCUCGUAACUUGUUUCUCUUCUGGACUGGAUUUCCCUAAGGAUUCCUGCCCUGUUCUUACCCCAACAUGACUCUUUUCUGGGCGCGGUUGUGGAAGCCUCACUCAGACGCCCAGUCCCCGCGAAGAUCCCACUGGUGAUUCUCCAGCCCCGCGACCAUGAACGGGGUCCUGAUCCCCCAUACGCCCAUUGCUGUGGACUUUUGGAGCCUGCGCCGGGCUGGUUCCGCGCGGCUCUUCUUCUUGUCCCACAUGCACUCGGACCACACUGUGGGCCUGUCCAGCACCUGGGCCCGACCCCUCUACUGCUCCCCAAUCACUGCCUACCUCUUGCAUCGUCAUCUACAGGUAUCUAAGUUGUGGAUCCGAGCCCUGGAGAUUGGUGAGAGCCACAUACUACCUCUAGAUGAAAUUGGAAGAGAAACCAUGACAGUAACCCUCAUUGAUGCCAAUCACUGCCCUGGCUCUGUCAUGUUUCUCUUUGAAGGAUACUUUGGAACCAUCCUCUACACAGGUGAUUUUCGAUAUACACCAUCCAUGCUGAAGGAGCCAGCUCUACAAUUGGGGAAGCAGAUCCAUACCUUAUACCUAGACAACACCAACUGCAAUCCAGCCCUGGUUCUUCCUUCCCAGCAAGAAGCUGUCCGCCAGAUUGUCAAUCUCAUUCGAAAGCACCCAGAGCAUAAUAUAAAGAUAGGACUCUACAAUCUGGGAAAGGAGUCACUGCUGGAGCAGCUGGCCCUAGAGUUUCGAACCUGGGUGGUAUUGAGUCCUCGGCGCUUUGAGUUGGUGCAGCUGUUGGGUCUGGCAGACGUGUUCACAUUGGAGGAGAAGGCUGGCCGCAUUCAUGCUGUGGACCGUAUGGAGAUCUGCCAUUCCACCAUGCUGCAUUGGAACCAGACCCAUCCUACCAUUGCUAUCCUUCCCACAAGUCGCGAAAUCCACAGAUCCCAUCCCGAUAUCCACGUCGUCCCUUACUCUGACCAUUCCUCCUACUCGGAACUUCGUGCCUUUGUGGCAGCACUGAAGCCUUGCCAGGUGAUGCCCAUUGUUAGCGGUCAGCCUUGGAGGGACUACUUUCAGGACCUCCUAAGCCCCAAUUUCUCUCUACCCGUGAUUCCAAAUUCUAUGCAGCAAUACAUGAGUUCCUCCUCUAGAAAACAGAGCUUUCUCUGGCUGCUAGAAAGGAAGCUAAAGAGGCCAAGAACCCAGGGUGUUGUGUUUGAAUCCCUUGAGGAAAAUGCUCAUCAGUUUGAAGCUGACAGGGACUCAAAGAAAGCCAAGAAAGAAAACCUUUCUCCCUGGCCUGGGGACCUUGAGAAGCAGCCUUCCCUCCAUACUUUGCAGACCAAGAAGCAGUUAUUCCCAGACCUCUGCAGCAAAGAAGGGGAUGGGCCAGUCCCUUUCUCUGAGUCUCAUGAGAUGGUGACUUUGUUGCCUGCCCCCUUGGGGUUUUCAGUGCAGUUAAGGUCUACAGAUGAGAAGUUUGUCUCUUCAGAAACUGGGAAGGAAAUAGGUUUAGGGCCCUGCUUGUUACCCAGGGGAGACAAUGAUGGUUCAGCAACUACAGGGUACCAAAGUGCCUGGGUGGACCAGGAUUGUCCCCUAUCUCACAGCAGCAAAGUUGCCCCUCUUCUGGCUACUGAAUUCAGGGGCCUGGCACUGAAAUACCUCCUGACUCCAGUGAACUUUUUCCAGGCAGAGUUCUCUUCCAAGAGCUUUGACCACCAAGUGGAAAAAUACCAUAGAACCCUUGCUGAUGUAAAGAGGAGAGUACAGAAUGAAAACCUUGUUUGAUCCAACACUGCAGGUUUGAAUAUAGUGGGUCAUGGCAAGCGGGGAGAGAUUGGAUCCCUAUGAGCUCACCCUGCAACAGCACUUUUCAAAGUAUAUUCAUUGGAAUCCUUAGUUUUUUAGUUGAAUAUGUUUGAGAAACGCUUUUCAUUAUAAUCCCUUCACAGUAUACAUGAGCACAUGAAGGCCACUGAGAAGUCCUGUAGUAACUUAAUCUGUUUAACUUUGUUUAAUCCUGUAUUUCUCAAACUAUUUUGAAUAUGCAACACUCUUAUGUGGGUAUGGAACAGAGAAAGAGUCUGAAUCAAAAAAAUCAGAUAUUCGCCCAUUGUUAUGUUAUGUUUCAUUUCCCAUUCCCGUAUCCCCUUCUCUCUCCUCCUAGAUAAAAGUCCCUAGGUAGUUCCCUUUCUAAAUUAUGAACUGUGGUGCUGGAGGGUCAGUAUGGUUUGGUAGAGUGGUAGUGCAGACAGCAUGUUCCAAUCCUGAAUGUCACUGACUUGCUGUGACCCCAUCCAAGUGACUUCCUGUCUCUGCCUCUGGGAAGGAACAGGAAGCAAUGAAGAACCCUUGGAUCAGUGGUGAAAAAUUCCACCUCUGCCUCCUUCAUGAGGGAUUAUAGUUAAUGUCACUGGGGGUCCAUCUGGAACAGAGCCAGCUGGGAGUUUGGGCACCCUCACCAAGGUAGGACCUGAAACCCAGCUGAAUAUUACGACUUAGGAUAUAAGGCUGCCUGGGGGCCCUGACUAUUUGUCUGAAAUGAUUAAAAAAGAUCAAAUGUGCUGCCAGAUAUUCCUUUGAUUGUUCACACAGUUGGGAUAUUUGCUGCUCCCCCUCUCUUGGGUUGAAUAGGGAGCCAGAAAACACAGCCUGUUUGUUUUAGUAUCCAGGGAAGAGCUUAAGGAGCCAGCUGGCUGGAAGGGGUGGGGGUGUGUAGUUCUGCCCUGUCCUGCUCAUAACAUGACAAAAUGCCAAACCAAUAAGCAGGACAGCAGAUACCAUGGACAUGAGGGAAUAGGCUCCGAGAGAGGGCGCAUGCUUGUGGAGCUGGACACAUGGAUGAAAAUGCUUCAGAAUGGAGCCUCAAAUCUUAGGAACCAAGAAGGCUCUGUUUCUGGUCCAGGAAAAACAAAAAAGUUUUCUGCUUUUGGAAGCCGUGAAGCAUGUAGAGAGCAAAAAAAGGCCUUGCUUCUUGGACAAGCUGUGCAUAACUCUGUUUUGUUAGUGACUGCCAUAGGCCUCCUGAGGGCCUGUUAGGAGACACAGCAGGUGCAGCCUGCAGGGCAGCAGGAAAAAUUAGCCCUGGUCCUGGGCACCCUGGACAAAUGGCUUAAAGAGUGGAGCCUCAGAUCCUCAUCUGCAAGGACUAAAGAUACCUACCUUUCAUGGUUGUUUGUCGGUGCCUAGCACAUGAUAUGUAUUUCAAAUGACGGUUCUUUUUAGAAAAAUUUACUCUAUAUAAAAUAAGAAAUUUUGGAAAUAAUAUAAAACAAUAAGAAAGAAAUUAUAAU